AUGUCACAGUUGGUCGGGCCGGCGCAGGCUCUGCACGAGGCCUUCCUGCAGACCUUGGCCCCCAAUCCUGAACUGAUCAAGCAGGCGGAGGCGUACCUGAAGACCGCUGCGCAGCAGCCCGGCUAUGGAAUCGCCGUCCUGCAGCUCAUCUCUGCCGAGUCAGUGGCCGUGGAGGUCCGCCAAGCAGCCGCAGUAGGGUUCAAAAACUAUGUCAAGUACAGCUGGUCGCCGCGGGCCGCCGACGGUCUGUCAGGCAGCACCCCCCUCGCCAUUCCGGAGGGUGAAAAGGAUCAAAUCAAGGUCCACAUCACCGACCUGAUGCUGGCCGCGCCGGUGCGGGUGCGGUCCCAGCUCAGCGAAGCGUUGUCCAUCAUCUCCAGCCACGACUUCCCCGCGCGCUGGCCGGCGCUGCUGCCCGGGCUCCUGGAGCGACUGGAAAGCGCGGACGAGGUCCGCCUGGCGGGUGUGCUGGCCACCGCCGACUCCAUCUACCAGCGCUACCGCGCCCAGUUCAUGACUGACGCCCUGUCCGCCGAGCUGGAUUACAGCCAGCAGGUGGUGGCGCCCCUGCUGGCCACGCUGCGCCGCCUGACCCCGCGCAUCGCCGAGAGAGCGGCGGACCCGCCCGCGCAGGCCCUCCUCCUCUCCAACAUCCAGCUGGUGGUGUCCAUCUUCUACUCCCUCAACUCCCCGGGCCUCACAGAGGCCUUUGAAGAGACGCUGGACGGGUGGAUGUCGGAGUUCCAUGGGCUGCUGGUACUGGAGGCUCCGGGCGUGGCGGAGAAGGAUCCAGAGAAACAGAGCGUGCUGGACGUCGUUAAGGCCACGAUCUGUGAGGCCCUGAUCCUGUUCCUGGAGCGGAACGAGGAGGAGUUUGCCAAGUUCCUGCAGACCUUUGUGCAGGACGACAACCUGGCCCUACAUGCCAUCAACUUCCUGACGGCCGUGGCGGGGUCUGUGCACCACUCCCUUUUCCAGGACCCAGCCGUGCUACGACAGGUCUGCGAAUCCAUUGUCAUCCCCAACCUCCGCAUCCGGGAAGACAUGGAGGAGCUGUUCGAGAUGAACUGGGUGGAGUACGUCCGCCGCGACACGGAGGGCAGCGACAGCGACACCCGGCGCCGCGCGGCCUCGGAGCUGGUCAAGGCGCUGACGGCGCGUUACCCGGCCCAGACCACCGAGCUCUUCUCCGGCUACGUUGCAUCCAUGCUGGCGGAGGCCGGCGGCACAGGGCGGGCGGCCCGCUGGAAGGCCAAGGACUGCGCCAUCUACCUCGUGGCGGCGCUGACGCUGCGCGGUAAGACGGCCAGCGCAGGCGCGACCUCCACCAACGACCUGGUAAACCUCCAGGACUUUUAUGCACAGCAUAUCGCCCCGGAGCUGGCCGCGGCUGAUGUGAAUGACCUCCCCGUGCUCAAGGCGGAUGCUCUCAAGUUUGCAACCACCUUCCGGUCACAGCUGCCCAAGGCCACCGCCCUGGCCACCUUCCCACACCUCGUCAACCUCUUGGCAAGCGAGUCCAAUGUGGUGCACUCCUACGCCGCCAUCGCCGUGGACAAGCUGCUGAGUCAGCGCGAGGGCGGCGCCCUGCGCUUCCAGCCCCAGGAGCUGGCGGGGUGCCUGCAGGGCCUGCUGGAGCGCCUCUUCGCCUGCUUCGCCCUCCCUGAUUCCUCGGAGAACGAGUAUGUCAUGAAGGCCGUCAUGCGCGUCAUCGCGAAGAAUGCGGUGAAGGAGCAGCAAUCAUCUCAAAUGCUGCUGCGGACACCCCUCAUGCUGUGCGGGAAGCCAGGCCCGACCAUCGCGCCCGUGGCACCCGUCUGCCUGCAGCAGCUGUCCCAGCUCCUGCUGGCGGUGUGCAAGAACCCCACCCAGCCCGGAUUCAACCACUACCUCUUCGAGUCGGUGGCCGCCCUCGUCCGCUUCUGCUGCCCCCGGGACCCCGCCUCCGUGGCCAAAUUCGAGGAGAUGCUGUUCCCCCCUUUCCAAAUAGUCCUGCAGGAGGAUGUCCAGGAGUUCCACCCCUACAUCUUCCAAGUCUUUGCCCAGCUGCUGGAGACGCGGGAGCCCGGCACGCCGCUUCCCCCCUCCUACGUGGCCCUCUUCCCGCCGCUCCUCUCUGCCACCUUCUGGGAGCGGUCCGGGAACACCCCUGCACUGGUCCGCCUGGUGCGGGCCUACCUCGCAGCCUCCCCCGCCCAGGUCGUCGCCGGCGGCCACCUCCCCGCCGUCCUGGGCAUCUUCCAGAAGCUGGUCGCCUCGCGCGCGCUGGACCACGAGGGCUUCCUCCUGCUGGAUGCGCUGUACUGCGGCGGCGUGCCGCUGACCGCGCUGGCACCCUACACGCCCCACGUCUGGACCCUGCUCUUCCAGCGCCUGCAGGCCGCGCGCACCGCCAAGUUUGUGCGUGGCUUCGUCGUCUUCACCGCCGCCUUUGCUGCGCUGCAUGGGCCGGGGGAGCUGAUGCAGGCGCUGGAGGCGGUGCAGGCGGGGAUCGGCCUCAUGAUCCUGGACACCGUCAUCGCCCCAAAUCUAGCGAAUGUGAGCGGGCAGUGGGAGGAGAAGCUGGUGGUGGUGGGGAUCACCAAGCUGAUCGUGGAGGCGCCGCAGCUGCAGGCCCAGGAGAACCAGGGCGUCGCGGGCAAGCUCCUGGACGCCCUCCUCCGGCUCCUGGAUGGCACCAGCAGCAGCGACGAGGCCGGCGACGAGGAGGCGGGCGUGGGCGCCGGCGGCUACUCGGCCGCCUUUGCAAAGCUGCACAAUGCGCAGAGAGUCGAACCCGACCCACUCCCCGGCAUCAAGGACGCUGGCGUCUUCCUGGCCGCCAGCCUGGCAAAGCGUGGCGCAGCAGCGCCGGGGACCGUGCCCGCGCUCGUGGCGGCGCACGUCUCCGCGGACCACCAGGCCAAGCUCGCGUCCCUGGCCUCCAGGGCCGGCGUCCAGCUGACGUGA